GACGAAGAAGAAGAAGAAGAAGAAGAAGAACUGUUGCACUAUUAGCAAACAUUGUAGAAGUAAAAUGUGAUGCAGGAAGUGGAGCUCCGAGCGGCAGGCUGCACUAAUCAACCCCGAAACAACGAUCACAUGCUAACGGCUAACGGCUAACAGAGCAGCGGAACCGGCGGUUUUACCGUUACCGGCGUGACGACACAAGGUGUGUCAGGUAGCGGUGAUGCUGCAGCUCCCCCUGGUGGUGACGGCUCAGGUGGACCUGGUCCUGCUGCUGGUCUCUGUGCUCGCUCUCUGGACCCGACUGAGCCGGCUCAGCUACCCCAACGCUGUGGUGUUCGAUGAAGUGUAUUAUGGACAGUUCGUGUCUCUCUACAUGAAGAGAGUUUUCUUCAUCGAUGACAGCGGACCGCCCCUCGGUCACAUGAUCCUGGCCUUUGGAGCGUACCUGGGAGGAUUUGAUGGGAACUUUGUGUGGAACAGAAUCGGAGCAGAGUACCCCGGCAGUGUGAGUGUGUGGAGUCUGCGGCUGCUGCCCGCUCUGUGUGGGGCUCUCUGUGUUCCUCUGGUCUACCUGUUGACUCUGGAGCUGCAUUUCUCUCACCUGUCGGCUCUGGGAGCGGCUCUGCUGCUGCUGCUGGAGAACUCUCUGAUCGUCCAAUCACGUUUCAUGUUACUGGAGUCUGUUCUCAUCUUCUUCGUGCUGUUGGCCUUCUUCUCCUACCUGCGCUUCCACAACGCUCCCAACAGCUCCUGGUUCAGAUACUGCUGGCUGCUCCUCUGUGGAGCCUCCUGUGCUGCAGCUGUCGGGGUGAAGUAUAUGGGCGUGUUCUCCUACCUGCUGCUGCUGGGCGUGGCCUCUCUGCACACCUGGAGGCUGAUGGGAGACCAAACUGUCAGUCAUCUCAGUGUGUGUGUGCAGUGUGUGUGUCGAGCUGUGUGUCUGUUAGUGGUUCCAGUUCUGCUCUACGUGUUCUGGUUCUACGUUCACCUGAGUCUCCUGCACCGCAGCGGACCACAUGACCAACUGAUGAGCUCCGCCUUCCAGGCCAGUCUGGAGGGAGGCCUCUCCAGGAUCACUCAGGGUCAGCCUCUGGAAGUUUCUUAUGGCAGUCAGGUGACUCUAAGAAGCUCCGCCUCCCAGCCAAUCCCCUGCUGGCUCCACUCACACAAAGCCAACUACCCAAUCAGGUAUGAGAAUGGGCGGGGCAGCUCUCACCAGCAGCAGGUCACCUGUUACCCCUUCAAAGACGUCAACAACUGGUGGAUCAUCAAAGAGCCGGGCAGACAGGACCUGGUGGUCAGCAGUCCUCCUCGGCCUGUCCGUCAUGGUGAUGUCAUCCAGCUGGUUCAUGGGAUGACCUCACGCUUCCUCAACAGCCAUGAUGUCGCAGCUCCCAUGAGCCCUCAUGCUCAGGAAGUUUCAGGUUACAUCGACUUCAACGUCUCCAUGCCGGCUCAGAACCUGUGGAGAGUGGACAUCUCCAACAGGGAGGCGGAGUCAGAGGUGUGGAAGACGAUCCUGUCUGAGGUUCGAUUGGUGCACGUCAACACGUCAGCUGUCCUCAAGCUCAGCGGUGUGUCUCUUCCAGACUGGGGUUUCCGUCAGUUGGAGGUUGUAGCAGAGAAGUUGUUUAAAGGUCACAGCAGCAGUCUGGGCUGGACGGUGGAGGAGCACCGAUAUGGAACCAGUCAGGAGCAGAAGGAGAGGGAGGCGGAGCUUCACUCUCCGACUCACAUUGACGUCGACAGGAAAAUCUCGUUCUGGGCGAAGUUUUUAGAGCUUCAGUCCAAGAUGCUGACGGUGAAACAGGAAGACUCUGAGCACAAAUACAGCUCCUCCCCUUUGGAGUGGGUCGCCAUGGAAACCAACAUCGCAUACUGGCUGCACUCCUCCACCAACGCUCAGAUUCAUCUGAUUGGUAACCCGGUGUCGUGGGGCGUGGCCAAUCUCAGCCUGUUGGCCUAUCAGCUGCUGGCAGCUGUCUACCUGCUGAGGAGGAGGCGGGGCUUCAAAGACCUCCCUGAUGGUGUGUGGGUUCGGUUCCUCUCUCUGGGGUGUGUGUGUGUUGGUGGUUGGUUGGUGAACUUCGUUCCGUUCCUCCUGAUGGAGAAAACUCUCUUCCUGUAUCACUACCUGCCUGCUCUCUGCUACCUGCACCUGCUGAGCCCCGCCCUGCUGGAACACAUCCACACUCACCUGCUCAGCAGUGAGACACAUCGGCGUGCGUUGAGUGUGUGCGUGUCGGCCAUGUUGGUUUCGGUCUUCGUGUCGUAUCGAACCUUCUGCCCUUUGACCUACGGCAGCCCGGAGCUGUCGGCCAAUCAGCUGCAAGGACUGAGGUGGAGAGACUCCUGGGACAUCCUGUACCGCCGCCGCUAGUGACAGGCUGAAGCCCCGCCCCCAAUGAUGUCACAGAGUGAUGAUUGACAGGUCAACACAUCAUCAUGUGACUGUAAAGCCAAACUGCUGCUGAUAGACAAAAUAAAACACAUGUGAAGUAAA